AUGAUCGCUAGAUCAUUUGGGCGUACGUUACUCGUGCUCAAUUCACCGCCAUCGACCUCGAAAUUUGCGGUCGCCGCUUCAUCAUCAGCGCCACGUUCACACCAUCUACUCGAUGAAUAUAGAAAGCUAGUGAAAGAGGGCAAAUUGAAGGACGAUGCGCAUCAGGUGGAGAUUGUUCGACAUCUCGGUGAUUUGAGCGCUAGAGUGGUGGAAAAUGAAGCAGUCGCGCCACCGGUCGUCUCUAGUAAUUGGUUCGCUAGUCUGCUAGGAAAUUCGAGCAAAAUUCCAGCCAGGGAGUCACCGAAAGGAUUAUAUUUAUGGGGAGCCGUUGGCGGUGGGAAGACGAUGCUUAUGGAUUUCUUCUAUGAAGAGGUCCCCGUCGCCAGCAAGAAACGCGUCCAUUUCAACGAUUUUAUGCAAGGCGUCCAUAAACGCAUGCAUGCACUGAAAUUGGCAUAUACCGGUGAACGCGGGAAAUUCGAUCCAGUGACGCAGGUUGUCGAUGAAAUUAUUGCGGAAGGACGAUUGCUGUGCUUUGAUGAAUUUCAGGUCACCGACAUUGCCGACGCUAUGAUUUUGAAGCGAUUGUUUACGUUACUUUUUGAACGAGGCCUUAUUAUGAUAGCCACUUCUAAUCGCCCGCCGAAAGAUCUUUACAAAAAUGGGUUGCAGCGUCAUCAAUUUGUGCCCUUUAUUGGGUUGUUAGAGUCUCGUUGCGAUACGAUAGCGCUCCAAUCUGGGACUGACUACCGUAAGAUUGGUGGAAAAGGGACGCAUAGGUAUUUUGUGCUUGGUGAUGGAGACGUCGAUGCGCAUAUGAACAACAUUUUCAAGGAGCUUUGUGCUCAAGAAACGGAAGCCGUCGGUCCGCGCCCGCUGCGCGUUUUGGGCCGAGAGAUCUAUGUGGAAAAGGCGUGCGGCUUCGUGGCUGAUAUUCCUUUCGAACAUCUGUGCGCUCGGCCACUCGGCGCAGGCGACUAUCUGGUCCUCGGACAAGUGUUCAACACCAUUCUUUUGAGAAAUGUGCCGGUUUUGACGCGACAACGAAUCAGCGAGGCGCGACGCUUCAUCACCCUGAUCGACACGUUUUAUGAUCGACGGGUGCGAGUGGUCGUCUCCGCCGCCGCCCCUCUCGAUCAAUUGUUUCAACUGGGCAGUGACCAAGCGAUUGAAUUGAGCGAUUCGCAGAAGGUGCUGAUGGAUGAUUUGGGGAUCAAGGCUGGCAUGGAUGGGUCCUCGGCGAACGUGUUCUCCGGGGAGGAAGAGGUGUUUGCAUGGGAGCGGACGGUCAGUCGUCUAUACGAGAUGCAAACGGACGCUUAUUGGAAUGCCCGCAGAACCGAG